GGAAAAGAAGGCGGUGAGGAGGGAGUAGUCCCGCCUCUUUCUUCUCUCUCCAUCUCUCCCGCCCAUUGUAACCCUGAGGCAACGUGGGCGAUGGAUACAGCGCGAGGCUGACGUAGAGUGGAGGAUGGCAUGAGUCGUCGGCUGCUGCGCGCGAAACAGAACCUGCACGGGUGUCUUUCAGGUCCAUACUGUGAGUACAUCCAUAACUGAACGGAGCCAUGAGCUUUGCACUCCAAGACCUGUUGGCUUGUUGCCGCCAGCUUGAAAGUGACAAGGCCACAGAACGAAAGAAGGAAAUUGAGAAGUUCAAGCUUCUCAUCAGAGAUUCUGAAACAAUUCAACAGCUGGAUCGGAAUUCUGAUUCCAGACAUGGCAAACAGAUGACCUGGGAUACUGUGUUCAGGUUUCUGCAGAAAUACAUUCAGAAAGAAACUGAUACUGCCAGAAUUGGAAAGCCAAAUGUGUCUGCAUCAACACAAGCAACAAGACAGAAAAAGAUGCAAGAAACCAGCAGUUUGGUAAAAUAUUUCAUCAGAUGUGCCAAUAAAAGAGCACCCAGGUUGAUAUGUCAAGAGCUUCUGGUUUAUGUCAUGGACAUAGUAAAUGAUCCCUCAAGUUGUGCUAUUUAUGGAGCUGAUUGUAGCAGCAUAUUGCUAAAGGAUAUUCUUACAGUGAGAAAGUAUUGGUGUGCAAUAUCUCCACAACAUUGGUCAGAUCUUCAAAAUAUGUACUUCAAAUUAUUUCUCAAACCUUCUGGAGAUAUUAACAAAGUAUUGGUGGCUAGAAUAAUUUACACACUGACCAGAGGACUCUGCUUUCAAACUGAUGGGUUAAAUUCUAAUAUUUUAAACUUCUUCUCAAAAGCUGUGCUGUUAGCAAGGCAAGAAAAAACCCUCGCAGGCCUCGAUCAUAUUUUUGCAGCCGUUAAUGUAUAUUUGAGUGUAUUUGCAGCUAACUACCGUAUGCGGGUUUGUAAGCUAGGCGAGGAAACUCUGCCAACUGUGCUGUACAUAUGGGGACAGCGUAAACCAAAAGAUUUUCUAAUGGAGCAGAUUAUUCAACUAGUUCAGCUGCAGGUUCGUGUUCAUCAUCCAAAUGCAGCUAACACCCAAGAAAAAGGAAUAUGCGACUCGGCAAAAUGGCAAAGAAUUGUAUACGAUCUGUAUGAACUAUUAGUAAAUGAAAUAAACCUCAUAGGCAACAGAAGAAAAUUUUCUUCAGGUGUACGUAAUUUUGCUUUGAAGGAAAACCUGGUUGAGUUAAUGGCUGAUACUUGCCAUCAGAUCUUUACUGAAGACACCAGAGUCCUGGAGAUAACCCAGUCACCUACUGUUACACAGAGAGAUUGUGGAGAUGGAGAAGGGCCAUCCAAACGUAGGAAAAUUGAAUUGGGUUGGGAAGUGGUUUGGAACAACCUGCAAAGUUCACAGAAUGACAUACCUUGGCUGCAGAUUACAACCAGAUUGAUAUCAAAGUACCCUAUGAGCCUGCCUCACCAUGAACUUCCUCACUUGCUCAGUAUACUUUACCAACUACUAUCACAGCAGCGUCGAAGAGAACGGAUGCAUUAUGUGUUAAGGUGUCUUAAAGAGGUUGCACAGUGUCAAACACAACAAAUAAAUCUGAAACACAUACAGAAGUCAGAGCUGCAGCGAAUGUGGUCAAAAGUUUGGUCUCUUGUGAUUCGUAGUUUAAGUCUUCAGCAAACCGAAGCAGAAAGCUUUGGGUUACUUGGCAUCAUUAUUCAAGGAAACUUAAUAGCGAUGAACAGUGAAAUUUGGAAUGUAUUUUCAGGAUCUACAUGCAAACCUUCAAGUUCUGCAGCACAGUGCUUGGCAUUAGUAAUGAGAACUUUGGAAGUGCCAGAAACUGGGGCAGUACACAAUAAUUGGGAAGGAAGUGCAACUUACACAUUAAAAGAAGCAAUAAUGAAGUGGCUUCUGUUCUGCCAUGUGGAGGAAGAUAUGGAAAACAAUGUGGAGCUAUUUCCCAUCCUACGCAGCGAUGUUCCUAAACUCGAGUUGCAGAAAAUCCUUGUUAGUCUGACUAUGAAAAAUAGUAGAGCAGCAAUGGAAUUUUUCCACAAUGCUUCAGAAUGUGUGCAACAUGCCCAAGAUACAGAAGAAGCCACUCUGUCAGAAAUGGAAGCAUUCUAUGUGCAAACAACUUUUGAUGAAAUAGACAUUUUUACAAGCAUGGCCAAUGAUAUAUCUGAAAAUAAACUGUCUGGUUCCAGAUUAAUGGUUAAUCAGAAGCUUAGAGAAGCCCUAGAACAUAACCUCUUGGAGCUAUCCGAACGACUUCUUAGUAGCUUUUCACAUGAAGCUACACCCACAGAAAUCCUAGUACUGGUACGUUGUGCCAGUCUCCUGACUGGUGUUCUUGGCUGUUAUUGCUAUGCUGGCAUACUGACAGUAGAAGAAGCAUGUAAAUCAAAGCUUUUUCAUAAAGCCAAGUCUCUUAUUCAUUAUGCAGGAGAAAGCAUUUCUCAGUCUAAAAGGAAACUAAAUGAAGAUUCUAGCAUUGUUUCGUUAAGGACUUUAAUAGGACAAUGUAUUAGUUGCUCAUGUAACUGUAACCAGAACAGCACAAGAAAGAUCCUGUCUGGAAUUUUCUUGCUUUUGCUAACAUCAAAGCUGAUGAAUGAUCUUGCAGAUAUUUGUAAACAUCUGAUGGUUUUUACUGGGAAGGCAAGUGAAGCUGGAGAAGUGGAUUUAAUGGAAGAUGAUCCAGAAGAGAAGAGAACAGAAGGAGAAAACCGGACCAACUUGGAUGAUAGCGAUUUAAAUGAGGGUGGAGAGUUGCAAACUUUGACAGGUGCCAUAAGCCCAUUAUCAGAAGAACAUCUGACUAAGCAGGACUUGCUGCUCCUUGAUAUUUUAAAGUUCUUGUGUGUAGCUGUCACAACAGUCCCAGUACAAACAGUUUGCUUUAGAGCAUCUGAAAUUUGGAGGAAACUCUUGAUGCUAAUUGAGGAAAACACAUUUGAUUAUAUGAAGCCACUGCAUCUGCAUGUGUACUUAGUCUUGUUGAAGGAGCUCCCAAGUGAAGAAAAUCCCUUGCCAGAAGACCACAUUGUCUCACUUCUCAAGCCCCUUUCGGAUAUAUGUUCCUUUUAUCGUCGAGAUCAAGAGGUUUGCUCAGCAAUUCUACAUAAUCUCCUUCCUAUGGUGACCACUUUGGGUACUGCCAGAACAAAUACUGAAGAUUUAAGUGAAGCCCAGGGCCAGCUUUUAACUGUUGUUGGAGCGUUUUGGCACUUAGCAAAUGAAGGAAAAUGUACAGCUCCAGUAAGAAUUGCCUUAGUGAAUUGUAUGAAAGCCUUACUUCAGGCUGAUCCUCAUUCAAAGUGGGCCGUGCUUAAUGUUAAACAUGAAACUCUACCUGUGAGUGAUGCUUUCCCCCACUUCCUUGCAGAUAGCAGUUUUCAAGUUUGUAUGAUUGCAGCUAAAUCAAUAACCAGUUUAUUUCAAGAUGUGAAAAUGAGAGAUUCUCCUGGCUUACUGAAAGCUCUUCCAUUGAAGCUCCAGCAAAGGGCUUUUGAGAACCUGUACAUCAAAGUUCAAGAAGGAACAAAGAAACUGGCUGUUGGAACUGGGAACCAAGAGAAUCUUCCUGAUGAAGAGUAUAAUAGAAAAUUAGUUCUCCUCAUGUUAAUAACUGUGGUUUUACGCUGCAGUCCUGUGUGUGAAAAACAAGCAUUGUUUGCAAUUUUCCAGUGUGUAAAAGAGAAUGGAUUAGAGCCUCACCUUGUAAGGAAGGUAUUGCAAAGAAUCCCUGGCACUUUUGGAUAUAGGAGUGUAGAAGAUUUCAUGAAUACACACUUAGAUUAUCUUGUUCUAGAAUGGCUGAAUUGCAGCUACAGCCUCUCUGUUUUUCCAUAUAUGUUACUGAAUUACCAUACGUUGGACGAGUUCUACAGGUCUUGUUACAAAGUUUUGAUUCCACAACUGGUUGUCAGAGAUCAGUUUGACGAGGUGAAAUCCAUUGCUAACAAGAUUAAUAAAGAGGAGCGGCCACUUCUAGCACAUUGUUUCCCCAAAAUUCUUGUCAACAUUCUCCCUUAUUUUGCCGACCAAAACCAUGAAGAUGGUGACAUUGCCCAAAAGAGAGAGACAGCGCACAAAGUCUAUGACAGGCUGAAAGAUGAAAACUGCUUAGGAAAACAGCUGAUCGACAAUUUAUUUCAUGGUAAUUUACCAGAGAUUGUGGUGGAGAUGCUGAUGACCUUACAUGAGCCAGCCCAUAUCAAGGCAGGAGAAGAUGUUGAUUUAACAAGAUUUGCGGGAGAUCCGGAUCCCACUCCUAAUCCUCCGCAUUUUCCAUCAUAUGUCAUCAAAGCAACAUUGGAUUACAUCAGCAGUUGCCAUAAAACUAAGUCAAAAGGUCUUGUAGCAAUUCUUUCCAAGAACCCUGAGUCAUUCCAAAAAAUCUUACUUGCCAUAUGUAAGCAAGCAUCUGAAACAAGUAAUAUUUACAAAAGACAUAGAAUUCUUAUGAUAUAUCAUUUUUUUGUUAGUUUAUUACUGAAAGAAAUAAAGGAUGGCUUAGGAGGAGCAUGGGCUUUUGUACUUCGGGAUGUGAUUUAUACUAUGAUUCAUCACAUCAGCAACAGGUACACACUUCUCAAAGGGGUAUCACUCCGGAGCUUCUUGCUGUGUUGUGACCUUCUGAAUCGUAUUUGCCGCACAGCAGUCAAAUAUUGUGGAGAUGCCCUAGGGAGUCACCUCCAUGUUAUUGUGGGUACGCUAAUACCUGCAUUUGGAGAACAACCUGAAAUCCAAGAAGAAGUCUUGGGCUUAUUGAGGUAUCUAGUGGUAGACAAUAAGGACAAUGAGAAUCUGUACCAAGCAAUCAAACAUCUAGAUCCUUUCCCAGAUCAUCCUGCUUUCAAGGAACUACGUGCUACUCAGCAAAAAAUAAAAUACAGUAGAGGUGGAUACUCUCUUUUGGAGGAAAUUAACCAUUUCCUAUCCAUAAAUAUAUCUGAUUCGCUAUUAUUAACACGACUUGAAGGUUUAAAUGAUUUGCGUAAACAACUGAAAGAGCAUAAAGAGGAAAUGAAGGAACUUGUGAAAGAAUUUCACGAAAACCCAAAGGACUGUGUAAUAGUGAAGCUGAUAGCGUGUUUCUUACAACUUUCAAAAGCGGCUGUUAACUCUAUUGACAGAGUCUUAGAGGCAGUUGGAAGUUGUUUGGGAGAGAUUGGUCCUAUCAAUUUUUCUACCACAGCAUUACAGCAUAGUAAGAGUACAUCCUGCUUAAAUGCAGUUGAUCUGUUUGAAGACCGAGAACUUCAGUGGGUCUUCAUAAUGUUAACUCUAAUAAAUAAUGCUUUAAUAGAUCAAUGUAUUGAAGUUCGAUCAGCUGCUGCUACUUGUUUGAAAAACAUUCUAGCCACCCAAACUGGACAUCGAUUUUGGGAGAUUUACAAAAGCAAGGCAGAUCCCAUGCUGAUAUACCUUCAUCCUUUCAGAGUGUCUAAGAAAAAGUUCUUGGAAGUGCCUGAAAAAGCAAGCGAGACUCCUUCAGAAGAUCUGGAUACUGUAAAUUUGUGGAUUCCUCAGAGCGAAAGCCAUGAUGUUUGGAUUAAGACCUUGACUUGUGCAUUAUUGGACAGUGGAAGGGUAAAAAAUGAAAUCCUUCUCUUACUGAGGCCCCUGUGUGAGGUUCAAACAGUUUUUUGUGAGACUGUCCUUCCAUAUUUGAUUCAUGAUAUUCUCCUUCACGACUCAAAUGAAUCUGGACAAACUCUUUUAUCAACACAUGUUCAGAUGUUUUUUACCACCUGUUGCAAAUAUGCACUGUCUCCCAGUAGGCCAUCUACGCCUGCAAAUUCAGAUCCAGAUUCAGAAACCCUUGUUCAUAGAAGUUUGGAUAAAAUAUCUCGACGGACAAUGCUUGCUGUGGUUGACUACUUACGGCGGCAAAAGAGGAAUCCUUCAAGUACAGUCUUUAGUGACAGCUUUUGGCUGGAACUCAACUAUCUUCAGGUUGCCAUGGCAGCUCAGUCUUGUGCUGCUCACUUUACUGCUUUGCUGUACACAGAAAUCUACGCAGACAAGAUAAACUUAGACAAACAACAGGAGAGUUCUACUUGCAUAUCAGCUAAGCAGCUAACAUUUGAGGAAGAAAGUCAGAAUUUAACACUAACUUGUUUGAGCAGGAAGAGCAAAGAAGAAACAGGAAUAAGUUUGCAGGACCUUCUCAUGGAAAUAUACAGAAGCAUAGGAGAACCAGAUAGUCUUUAUGGCUGUGGUGGAGGAAGAAUGCUGCAGCCAUUAGCUAGGAUAAGAACAUAUGAGCAUGAAGCAGUAUGGGGGAAAGCCCUAGUAACGUAUGAUCUUGAAAUGAGCCUUCCACCAUCAGUUCGACAGGCGGGAAUAAUACAGGCCUUGCAGAAUUUUGGGCUGUGUGACACACUCUCCAUCUACUUAAAAGGACUGGAACAAGAGAAUAAAGAAUGCUGUGUGGAAUUACAAGAGAUUCGUUAUCAGGCAGCUUGGAGGAAUAUGCAAUGGGAUCAGAUCUCUUCUGUCAAAGGUGAACUGGGAGGACAAGGCUACCAUGAAUCAUUGUAUGAUGCUCUGCAGUGUUUAAGGGACAAUGAAUUCUCUACUUUUUACGAAAGACUGAAUUGUGCCAGAGUCAAGGAAGUAGAAGAGCUGUCUAAAGGUAGCCUUGAGUCUGUAUAUUCAUUGCUACCUAUACUCUGCAGACUGCAGAUCAUUGGAGAGUUGGAAUGCAUAGGACAACUUUUCUCUGGAUCUGUUAGUAACAGUCAACUGAAUUGUGUGUACCUGAAGUGGCAUAAACAGUCGCAGCUUCUCCAAGACAGUGAUUUUAGUUUUCAGGAACCUAUCAUGGCUAUGCGCACAGUAAUAUUGAAGAUCCUGCUGGAGAAGGAAAAUGAGAAUGCCAAAAGGGAGUGCAUUAAAGAUAUUCUCACAAAACACCUAGUGGAUCUGUCCAGAUUGGCUCGAGUGGCGAAAAACACACAGCUUCCGGAAAGAGCAAUGUUCCAAAUUAAACACUGCUUAAGUAGACCAACUAGACACGGGGUAUGUGAUUGGCAGCUGGAGGAAGCUCAGGUGUUCUGGGCUAAAAAGGAAGAAAGCUUGGCACUGAGUAUUCUAAAGGAGAUGAUCAAGAAACUGAAUGAAGUUUACAUGGUUGAGGAAGACCCAAGCCUGAGACUGAUUUACACAGAAUGUCUGCGGUUAUGUGGAAGCUGGUUAGCAGAGACUUGUUUAGAAAAUCCUACAAUCAUUAUGCAGAAUUACUUGGAAAAGGCUGUAAAAGUUGUUGGGAACCAAAAUGAUGAUAGUGGUGAUGAACUAAAGAGUGGAAAGAUGAAGGCUUUUCUGUCUCUAGCUCGUUUUUCGGAUACUCAGUAUCAAAGAAUUGAGAACUAUAUGAAAUCAUCAGAGUUUGAAAAUAAGCAAACAUUGUUGAGGAAGGCUAAGGAGGAAGUUGGCCUUCUAAGGGAACAUAAGUUUCAGACAAACAGAUACACAGUCAAAGUUCAACGGGAGCUACUACUUGAUGAAUGUGCAAUUCGUGCACUGGGAGAGGAUCGUAAACGUUUCUUAUGCAAAGCUGUUGAGAACUACAUCAGCUGUUUACUGAGCGGGGAAGAGCAUGACAUGUGGAUCUUUCGGCUCUGUUCUCUCUGGCUUGAGAACUCGGGAGUUUCUGAAGUCAAUAUAAUGAUUCAGGAGGAGGCAAAGAAAAUUCCAUCCUACAAAUUCUUGCCACUGAUGUAUCAAUUGGCUGCUCGAAUGGGAACCAAGAUGAUAGGAUUUCAACAGAUUCUGAAUAAUCUUAUAGCUAGAAUUUCUCUAGACCAUCCACAUCACACUUUGUUUAUAAUCUUGGCACUGGCAAAUGCCAACAAGGACGAAUUCCUGAUGAAGCCAGAAGCAGCAAGAAGAAGCAGGCUAACUAAAAACACUCCAAAAGAAACUUCUCCACUUGACAGGGAUCGAAUGGAGGCUGCUAGUAAUAUAGUUAACAUUAUCAAGCACAAAAAACCUGCUCUGGUGGUAAAUGUUGAAGCCCUUUGUGAUGCUUAUAUCACUUUAGCAAACAUGGAUGCGAGUCCUUGCAAAUCACAGAAAAGAGGCAUAAAUAUCCCUUCUGAUCAACCUAUUACUAAGCUAAAGAAUCUAGAAGACGUUGUUGUACCCACCAUGGAAAUUAAGGUGGAUCCAAGUGGGAAUUAUGAAAAUUUGGUUACAAUAAGGUCAUUCAAGCCAGAAUUUCGCUUAGCAGGAGGUCUUAAUCUACCAAAAAUAAUAGAUUGUGUGGGAUCAGAUGGAAAAGAGAGGAGGCAACUUGUCAAGGGCCGUGAUGAUCUGAGACAGGAUGCUGUCAUGCAACAGGUUUUCCAGAUGUGCAAUACUCUGCUCCAGCAAAAUACUGAAACCAGAAAGAGAAAAUUGACUAUCCGCAGAUACAAGGUGGUUCCCCUCUCACAGAGAAGCGGUGUCCUAGAGUGGUGUACAGGAACGAUUCCUCUGGGUGAUUUCCUCAUAAAUACUGACAAUAGUGCUCAUAAACGAUACAGGCCAAUGGACUAUAGUAACUCAGACUGCCAAAGGAAAAUGAUGGAUGCACAAAAGAAAAAUUUUGAAGAGAAAUAUGACAUCUUCAUGGAUGUAUGCCAGAAUUUUCAGCCAGUAUUUCGCUAUUUCUGCAUGGAAAAUUUUUUUGAUCCAGCAGUGUGGUUUGAGAAGCGGUUGGCAUAUACUCGCAGUGUUGCCACUUCAUCAAUAGUUGGCUACAUACUUGGCCUUGGAGACAGACAUGUGCAGAAUAUUCUGUUAGACGAACAAAGUGCAGAACUCGUGCACAUCGAUCUAGGUGUUGCUUUUGAGCAGGGCAAAAUCCUUCCUACUCCAGAGACUGUACCUUUCAGGUUAACAAGAGAUAUAGUGGAUGGAAUGGGCAUCACUGGUGUUGAGGGAGUCUUCAGGAGAUGCUGUGAAAAAACUAUGGCGGUUAUGAGAAAUUCUCAAGAAGCUUUGCUUACUAUUGUAGAGGUGCUUCUCUAUGAUCCUCUUUUUGACUGGACCAUGAAUCCUUUAAAAGCUUUGUAUUUGCAGCAAAGGCCAGAAGAUGAGGCCGACAUGAGCUCCAGCCUCAAUGCUGCUGAUCAGGGAUGUAACAAAAAAGCAAAUGGUGAUAACCAGAUUUUUAAUAAAGUGGCAGAGCGAGUCCUCAUGCGACUUCAGGAGAAACUUAAAGGUGUGGAAGAGGGAACAGUGCUCAGCGUGGGAGGUCAAGUGAACCUCCUCAUACAACAAGCCAUGGACCCAAAGAAUCUCAGCCGCCUUUAUCCAGGGUGGAAAGCAUGGGUGUGAAAAUAUGUAGUUGGUUUUAAUAAGUAAAAAGUGAACAGGUUUCAUUUUGGAAGGAAAUGCCCAGCAUUUCAUAUUUUAAAGGGUUCCUGAUGAAAAUACAGGUGUAAAAAUGUUAAUUUGAAAAGUGUUGAGCCAGUAGAGUUCUGUGUUUGAAUAUUUGCCCAUAGUCAAUCAUGGGUAGGGGUUGGGAGGGAUUUGUUUUUCACUUGGAUUGGGCACAUGGUUUGAUACGUCCUGAAUUCAGAAAAAAAGGGAAACCAAGACGACAAUUGUUCCUAUACUAUGCUUUUACAAAAGGGAAAUGCCAAUUAUGCCUUUUCAUAACCCUCACUUAUUUUACAGCUCAGGAAUGUUGCUACUAUAAGUAUUCCUUUGUUAGAAGUACAAUGAUCAGAACCUAGCUUCAAAACAGAUACUGGACUAUGCACAGUGGUUGACUUUUCUUGCUGCUAUGUAAAGUACUUCACCCAGAAGCCACCAUCAAGACUAGUGCGAGUACGGUAUGGCUAUAACUCUGCACCACCAUGUGUAGUAAUGAUAACUAUGCAUCCUAGAUAACUAUGCAACACAUAGAAAGCUCUGAUUUGUGGAAUGUGGAAGGUGCACAUAAAGUUGUCCUUUGCUUUAAGCCUGGAGCCAAGAAACUGAAAUGUUACCCUUUAAACACGAGACUUAAAACUGACAAUGUAGUACAUGGCCCAAAAGGAGGCUCCAUUUCAAACCUGAGAGGAAAAAUACGCAGAAGGAUUUAAAUUAUACGUACAAUGCAAAUUAUGGCUGCAGUUAUUUGGCUUAAGAAAGCAGAUAUAAUAUAUUCAUUGUAAUAAUGUGGGUGACCUUUUGCUGCUUUAUAAAUGCUGACCUAUCCUUUUAAAAAACUGUAAAGUUCAAAUGGAAAUUUUAGUAUAAGCUAGCAAUAUCUUACCUUGUGCAAACUAUACUUUAAACGUGUUCUCUAUCAUGGAAGUAGUGGCCUUAUAUAACAUUUCAUUUUUUAAAAAAACUUGAUUCAUUUCAAAGAUUCAGAUUGCUCUCUUUCCCGUGCCAGUUAUGCAGUCUGUAAAAGGAAACACUAAAGGGGCACUAUAAAUUAAUAUGAACUUACUAAGUAAGUUAAAAAUAUGAAACUAUAGAUUUAUUUUUAUAUUGUGAUAGUUUCUGGAACUUUUAUGUGGUGUUAACAUGGAAGGAAUAUGUUUGUUCAUGUGCUUGUUAUUCUGUACUAUUUGUAUACUGUAGAGUAUUGCUACACUAUAAAAUUGGUAGUAUCAUCUACUACAUCUUGACAGAUAUCUAUAUCUGAUCUACUGUGGAGCUUAAAUGCUAGUAACAGACACUCUUGCAUAUGCAAUAAAGUUAUGCUCUUUGGGACAAGCAUUUGUCUCCAUCGUUUACAGUUUGGCACCUGCAUGGAAAAAAUUACUCCUCCACCCCCCAACACACACUGACAACACAUGAAGACAAAAAUAAGCUCAGUCACUUUGAACAGGACUUCUCUAUUCCCUACCCCAAAACACUCAAAACAGCAACCAAUUUAUGUACUUUGUCCAAAUAGCAUCAACCAGGCUUCUCAUUUAAGCUGGAGCCUGUAAAACAACCCAAAAACUUAGGUGAAUGAGGAAUUGCUCACCAACUCAGGAUGGCUCUGCUCCAUUAUCUAACACUUCACCAUUUACUGCUCUGGUAAUAUCUAGACACACAAAAUCGUGCACAGGAGCUCACAACUGAGAUUUCUAUAAGGAACGAAUAUUAACUUUGUACCCUUGCAAUUAAAUUUUCAAAUUUCAUGUUACCAUCACCUACAUUAAGUCUGAUUAAGAACAGCCGUUGCCGUGAUCAUAUCACUCCGGUGUUAGUAGAUCUACACUGGCUACCAGUUGCUUACCGAGCCCAAUUCAAGGUGUUGGUGUUGACCUUUAAUGCCCUAUACGGUUUCGGCCCAGUUUAUCUGAAGGAGCGCCUCCAGCAUCAUCAGUUAUGCCACCUGACGAGAUCAGCCACACAAGACCUUCUCUCAGUCCCGCCAGUUAAAACUGCUAGACUGGUGCGGACCAGAGAGAGAGCAUUUUCAAUUGUAGCUCCCACCCUCUGGAAUUCCUGCCUUCUGACCUUCGCCAUGCCCCCUCCCUGAUGGGGUUCCGCCGGGCCUUGAAGACCUGGCUAUUCAGGCAGGCUUACAGGAUCUCUGGAGUGGAUUAAUUUUUAUGCUGCUAUUAACUGGAAAGGGUUUUUUUAGAUUACUCAUUGAUUGUGGUUUUAUAUUGUAUUUUAUU